CGCGUUUGCGUCGCGAAAGGCAGCGGCGGCGUAAGUGGCGCGACGCGGCGGUUUCGCGUGGCGCGUACGCCGAAAUGGCCGCGCCGGCGUUACAACGGCAUAGUCGCACGCGCCGCGCGCCUUUGCACGCGAAAUCCGUCGUCGCCGCUCGCCGCCGACUUCAGUACCGUUUUCGCCGCCGGACGCAGUGGUCGCAAGCGCCCAGCGCCGUCUCCCCUCGCCACACGCGCACCGUAUAAUAUUAUAAUAUCAUACGAAAUUCUAUCAUGAUAAUAACAAUAUAAUAUUAUUAUUAUUAUUAUUGUAGUUAGCGACCUCACGACGAGAAUAAUAUUAUUAUUAUUAUUAUGAAAUGCUUUCGGCCAUCAGCAUCACGUCAUUCGUCACCGCUCUCAUCUGCACCCUGUCUUGCAUAGCCGACGCCAACGCCGGUAUCGAUUGCUUCAAAUGCGUUUCCCUGGAAUGGCAGAACCGUGCGUGCGACGAUCCGUUCCACAACAACUUCAGCUCGGGACUUUUGGAGUCGCCGUGCAUGGGUGGGCGGAAAGGCCGCAACGGUCUGUUUCCGGCUACCGCGUGCAUCAAGCUCACCGGUUACUACACUACCGGACAGCACGUUACGGUUAGAGGAUGUGCAUUGGACAGCGGCACCUUGACCACAGACACAGAAAUUAUUCGGAUGUCGCAUUGCGGAGGAUUCUAUUUCGAUGACAAGUAUGUCGAUGGCUGUUUGCAGAGUUGCGACGACGCGGACGGCUGCAACCCCGCACCGCCGCCCAAGUCUCUGGACACGACGCUGCUGAUGAUGUUGGUCGUGAUGCCGCUCGUCGUCCGUUUCAUGCCGCACGAAUGGGCGCCGGACGCGUGACGACUGCUCGAGCGUGAACUAAAUACCAUAUAGGUGUAUGUUUUUUGAAAAAAAAAAUACUCGUUCGAGGUCAUUCUCGGGCGUUUUCUAACGACCAGACCGACGGCAAACACGCAACGAUCAAUUAAACGACGGGGUGCCUUGUACAUAUACGUAUACGAUGUAACGAUACAUAACGCCGCCGUGGACAUCAAAUUUUUACCCCAUCCCCCAAAAGCCCCCACGAAAACCCGUACGAUACAAUAUCCUGUCAUUAUAUAAUUUUGUCUCCCCUUUCAACGACCAAAUACAAUAAGGAAACGGACGUCGAGUGGUUUGUAUUCAACUUGUAACUACGUGCUUUUCGCGUGAAUUGUUAAUUAUUAUUAUUAUUCAUUAAUUAUAGAUUAUAUUAACAUUAUAUUAUAUUGUAACAAUUUAUGUAACAUGACAUAUCCCAGUUGAGCAUAUCUUACUGAUGAAACUAUUUCCAUUUAAAAAAAACUAUUAUUAUAUAUGUAGAUGAUUAAAUAUUACGAUAUUAAAAAAACAAAAUC